AGCAUUCAUGUUUUAUAGAAUUGCCGCCAGGGCUGCGACACGCCGAGUUAUCACAUGCGGAAAUUCCUCCAUUUCGACUGAUUUCGUUCUCGCUGAAGAAGUCCUGCUUUCCUGUCAAUUUCUUGGAGCGUUUUGUUUUCAUAGGUUUCAAAGAUGCCAGUAGCAGAUGUGAAAUCUAGUUGGGCUGAUGAAGUAGAAGAGGAGGGAGGAGGAGGAGUAUUGCCUCCACCAUCAGAAACUUAUGAAAAUGGAUUCAAAAUUCUUACUGAAUAUAAAUACAAUUCAGAUAAUAAGAAAGUCAAAGUUGUUCGCACAUAUAAGAUUGAAAGACGUAUAGUAUCAAAAACAAUUGCUGUACGCAAAAAUUGGGCUAAAUUUGGAGAUUCCGUAGAUGAUAGGCCUGGACCUAAUCCUGCAACUACAGUCGGCGGUGAAGAUGUAUUUAUGCAGUUCAUUUCUAGCAAGGAAGAAGAAAAUAAGGUUGAAGAAGAUAAUCUUGAUAAAUUGAAGAAUAUGGGUGAUAAAGGUGUAGUCAAAUGUCGUAACUGCAAUGGAGACCAUUGGACCUCAAAGUGUCCUUACAAAGAUACAGUUCUUGCUGGAGGAAAAGUACCAGAUGAUAAGAAACCACUCAUUAAUGCUGGUGCUCCUGGUGCAACAGCUGAAUCAAAGCCCCAAGGUAGCAAAUAUGUUCCACCCAGUAUGCGUGAUGGCGGUAACAAAAGGGGAGAUUCUAUGCAAAUGCAAAGACGCGAUGAUGUUACUACCAUUCGUAUAUCCAACUUGUCAGAAAGUACUACAGAUGCAGAUUUGGAUGAGCUCGUUAAACCAUUUGGAUCAGUUCUCAAAUUUUAUCUUCCCAAGGACAAACAAACCAAUCUUUGUAAAGGAUUUGCUUACGUUCACUUCAAAUACAGAAUGGAAGCUGCAAAAGCCAUUGCUACGCUCAAUGGUUAUGGUUAUGACCAUCUUAUUUUGAAUGUAGAUUGGUCCAAGCCACAAACGCAAAAUAAUUGAAAUUAUUAAAUAAAAGUGUAAUUUCAUUCCCUGGCAUGUGUAGGAAAGUUUAUUUAACUAUUUUUUAAUUGUAACACCAGAAGCCAGAUAAUGAGGUAUUCAAUUUCAACUUUUAAUGCUUUAUAAAGGAAAUGUAUGGUAUGCAGUUGAAUAUUGAUAGUAUUAAUAUAGUUUUUUUUAUCAAACUUAAUCUACUCUUUGAAUAGCCCUUUUGCUUCUGGUGUUACAAUUUCUUAUUGGUUUUAAUUCAAAAAUGAUACAAUGAUACAAUUUGCUACUAGAAAAAUUGACAAUGUGUCUAUUAAAACAGUUUAUAUUGUUAGUAUUCUUUUGAUUGAAAAUAAAACAUAUGCUAUAA